CUAGACUCGAACCAUUUUGUUGUGCGAUUGCAAUCGUACUAAAUCCAUCGCCUUCACCGGAAUUUGUGAGAAACCGGUACCGGAUUCUGCAAAGGGUGGUCAGUGAAUUCGAGCUAGACCGAUAAUAACAUGCAGAGUCUCCUCUAUCGUACUGAAUCCAUCAAAUCCAACUCCAUAGCUCAUUAUUGCCUCAGUUUCACCCACUCAUUCUCUUCAACUUCUCAUCUCCAUUCUUCAUCUCUCUCCAACCUCUUAAAAGGUCGCAUUUCCCGUAAUCACCUUCAACAAAUCCAUGCUCGGGUUUUCCGUAUUGGUGCUCACCAAGACAACCUCAUAGCUACUCGCCUUAUUGGUCAGUAUCCAUCAAAUAUUUCCCUUCGUAUACUUCAUCACUUAAAAAGACCCAACCUUUUCCCCUUUAACGCUAUUAUAAGAAUAUUUAGUGAGGAAGGAAUUUUUACUGAUGCUUUCUUGGUAUUUAACAAGUUGAGGGAUCAGUCCCUUUUGCCUAAUGAAUUGACCUUUUCUUUUCUUCUUAAAGCUUGUUCUCGUUCUGGGAAUUCAUAUUAUGUUCAACAGGUUCAUACCCUUGUUUUGAAAUUGGGAUUUGGUGAGGACCCAUCUCUCUGUAAUGGGUUGUUAAGUGUUUAUGCUAGGGGUUUGAAAGAGUUACAUUCUGCGCGUAAAGUGUUUGAUGAAAUGCCUGACAAGGGUGUUGUUUGUUGGACUUCUUUGAUUUCUGGAUAUGCUAAGUUUGGUUUGUCUGAAGAAGCUUUGGGUUUGUUUUUAUGUAUGGUAAAGAAGAGCUUGAUCCCUGAAAAUGAUACUAUGAUUAAUGUUUUAUCUGCAUGUUCAAAACUUGAUAUGUUAAAUAUUGAGAAAUGGAUUGGGAAUUUUUGGUAUUCAAUUCAGCAGUAUGAUUUGGGAUGUUCUGGAUGUGACUCAGUUAAUACUGUUCUUGUUUACUUAUAUGGGAAGUGGGGAAAGGUUGAUAAGAGUAGGGAAAUAUUUGAACAGAUUUCUGGUGAUGGGAAGAGAAGUUUGCUUCCUUGGAAUGCUAUGAUAGGCGCGUACAUACAGAACGGCUGUGCUCUGGAUGGUUUAUGUCUUUUCCGGUUAAUGAUGGAGUUUAAUUGUUGUUGCCCCAAUCAUGUGACAAUGGUUAGCGUGCUCUCAGCUUGUACUCAAGUUGGUGAUUUGUACCUUGGUAUGUGGGUUCAUGAGUACAUGAAAGGUAGUAGGCAAAAAAGCUUUUUACUUUCAAAUGCAAAUCUUGCCACUGCUUUGAUAGAUAUGUACUCUAAAUGCGGGAGUUUAGAGAGAGCAGGGGAUGUUUUUGACCAAUUGGUUGUAAAAGAUGUUGUUUCAUUCAAUGCGAUGAUCAUGGGUCUCGCAGUAAAUGGCAAAGGUAAGGAGGCGUUAAAACUUUUCUCACAAAUGCUAGACCUCAAUUUGCGUCCAAAUGCUGGGACGUUCCUUGGUUUGCUAUGUGCCUGCAGUCACACUGGGCUGGCAGCAGAAGGCCGUCAAAUAUUUAAGGAAAUGAGCCAAUGUUUUAGAAUUGCUCCUAGAUUGGAACAUUAUGCUAGCUAUAUUGACCUCCUUGCUCGAGUAGGUUAUGUUGAGGAAGCACUUCAAGUUGCUACCUCAAUGCCUUUUAAACCCAAUAAUUUUGUAUGGGGAGCUUUACUUGGUGGCUGUGUGCUGCAUAACAGAUUGGAAUUGGCCCGAGUUAUUUCCUCCAUUCUUGUUGAGGUGGACCCUAACAAUUCUGCUGGCUAUGUGAUGUUGUCCAAUACAUAUGCCAUUGAUCAUCACUGGGGUGCUAUUUCACGGCUGAGGUUGUCUAUGAAGGAAAAAGGAGUAGUAAAGCAGCCAGGAUGUAGCUGGAUCAACGUUGAUGGAGUAGUGCAUGAAUUUCUGGCUGGGUCCUCGUCGCAUCCUCAGAAUGAACGCCUGCAUAGUGAAUUGCAGGUCUUACUGAAGGAGAUGAAGCUAGCAAGUAUUUAGACAACUCACAAGCAUAUUCUGGUUAGGAGUUGCUUUGAGUAGCAUCCUCUUUCUACCAUAAAGAUUUUUUCCAGAAUUAAGAAUGGGCUCCGUGGGAUAGAGCUGCAUCGAAGAUCUCUGUUGUUUUGAAAGAAGCAACUAGUCCCAAGGAAUGUCUUUGAGCCUUUGUCUACAGUCAAUGCAUGAAUCAUGCUGCUGCUGUGAUCCUUAGUUUGUUGCCUUGAUACAACGAUGGAGUUAUUUCUGGACUUUCAUUGGCCGUUAUUCAAUUUUUAGGCUACUAAUAUCAGUUUGGCAGUCUCAAUAAUUGGCGAGGUAGGAUGUUUGACUUGUUUGAAUGAUAACCAGAACUAUGUGAGGAAUGGCCUAAAUAGGAUUGUUAGUGCAGAAACUAUUUGCCUUCAGCUGACUGUCAAAUACUACAAGAAGACAAUCCUCUCUUGCCAUGCAGAUGUUCUGGACUCACUUGGCAGAGAUACUCGGAAAAAUUCUCUUCCUCUUAAAAUUUGUUCUUUUUAAUUGGUGGGACAGCUUCUCUGAAAGCUAGCUUGACUUAAAAAUAACAUCCUAACAAGGGCAAAGAGAUUGGCAAGCUAGUAUUAUCUUUGCGAAAACACUAUUGAUACUCUAAACCUACACUCUGAGUUGGUUCAAUGUUUGUGGCACAUGCCUUUCAUUAUUCAAAAUAUCUAGUGCAUGGAGCUUGGUUCUGUCAUAGUCCAAGAUCGUUUGCCUGACUGGCAUGGAGUCAAGAUUGGUAAAACCAAAUGGAUUAUUUAUAAUGCAUCCUUCCGUUUAUUUAUAAACCAAAUGGAUUAUUUAUAAGUCAAGAUUGGACUUCAGAAUUAUUUUUGUUGGUAAACAAGAGUGAAUAGAAGAUAUGUUUCAGUUAUUAAAUUCUCAGCACUAUCAUUAUUAAAAUUGCUAAUAUCUCUAGUGGCAGUUUAAAUGCUAGCACCCGCUUGUGGGCUUUCCUUUGGAGAAAUGGGCAAACUAGUGUUUGGGAAGUGAGAAUGAUACUACCAGACCCAGUGUUUAAGCUAGGGAUAUUUUCAUAUUCACACCGAGCCUAGCUAAGGAGUUGAAGGACUGGACUUCCAGUCGCCACCUCAAAGGCGAAGAGGGUGCUCGGAAUGAAGGGAUUAACAACAUGAUAACAUGGAAGCACAAGGC